UGUUUUUGCUAAAAUUAAUGUAUUAUCAAUGUGAUUGAUUGAAGAAGUCGCAACCAUUUAUUGAUUUUACCAAAUGCCAAGGAGUUCAACGCAGAUACACACAUAAACAUAUGCACUUGGCUUAAAGCUGGAAAAAAAUGGAAAGUGAUUCAACUGUUGAUAAUAAGCCACAGGCUAAAGACACUACGUCCGAGUGCAAGACAAAAUCGCAUAACAAUAAUCAUUAUGUGGUGCCGUUUGGCAUUUUAACAACGCUCUGCACAGUUUUUCUAAUGUUUGCCUGUCUGCAGCGCAAUUACCAACAUUAUGUCGAGCUAGGCGUUGCGGCUUCAACAGUUUCCCAAACAAAUGUCGACAAAGAAAACUUUUUGGCAUACAAAGCUGAUACAGAAACUGCAACGUCUUGCGAAAAAAUAGAAAUAUUUCAUAACGCCGAGGUGGAUACUAAGCGAACAACUAAAAAUAAUAGCUCAGUAAAGAAAAACAGAGAACUGCUGACUAAGCGCAGUGUGCCGGGCAGGCAAUCAAAAUUAGCCAAGAAUGCUGCAGUUGCCAAGAAAAAGGAUAAUACCAAGAAAGUCAAUACAGCUGAGCCCAUUAUAUAUCUAUUUGCUUUGGUAUUUAUUUAUCUGUUGUUAAAAGCAGCGUCUGAUAUAAAUCAGCAUUAUAAAUCGCAGAAUAAGGCGGACAAGCGGCUCCGGCGCUGUUCACUGCAGUCCUAUGCACAUAAGGAUCAAAGGAAUGCAGAUCGCCGCGCCUCAAAAGAUCUUAUACUUAUGCAGAGCAGACACAGCGUUUUUACAGAAGCUCGCUCUAUAUCGCUGGAUCGCUAUAAUUUUGCUAUAAGACGUGAAAUGGGUCUGCGCCAGCAGAUUGCGAUUGUGGAAACGCAGCGGACAUAUCCAGUUAAGCCAACAGCUAUAGUCGCCAGCAACAUUAUCGAACCACGCUCAAGUCGCCGUUGCUCGGUGCCCUUCACCAUUAACUAUCAAGCAGUGCCAGUGGUGCCUGCCACGCUCAAAAGACGGGAUACAGUUAUAAGUCUGGGCAGUUCGGCAGAUAUGAAUAUAGGCGGUACUAUAUCACCAAGCCUAACACCCGACUUGAAGCGUCGAGUGCGCAUGAUAAAUCGCCAUUAAACGAAACAUUACGAGCUUAAAGCUCUUUAAACGAAUUUACAAGCUAACCCAACAAAGUUUUGAAAAACAUUUUUACUACAAUUUUGUAAAUUUUAACUCUGAAUUGCUUGUACAUCUCAAAACCAAAUUCAAACCGUCAGUUUGUACCGGAAACUGUGCUGAACCAAAUUUUAUUCGUAUUCAAAAUCAGGUUUUGAAUUUAAAGGAAUUUUUUCCUGCUUUA